CACAUGCGCAGUUUUUUUCUUCCUUCCCGCGGUGGGUCUCGAGCGGGUCAUGGCGUCAGGCAACGGGGACUUCGCGUCCGGGGGUCGCCUGGAUCCCGGGGCUCUGAUGGAACAGGUCAAAGUGCAGAUCGCCGUGGCCAACGCGCAGGAGCUGCUGCAGAGGAUGACGGACAAAUGUUUCCGGAAGUGCAUUGGGAAACCCGGGAGCUCUCUUGACAACUCCGAGCAGAAAUGCGUUGCGAUGUGUAUGGACCGGUACAUGGAUGCCUGGAACACCGUCUCGAGGGCCUACAACUCCCGGCUGCAGAGGGAGAGAGCCAACAUGUGAUCGGUGGCAGUGGGGUUACUGAGUUGCCCCAUCGUGGACUUGGGUCGAGGGAUGCUGGGCAUCCAGCAAGGUGGUUUAAUUUAGAAUGGGCAGGAUUUUGGUCCAGGUGGCAGCAAAUAAAAUGACAAACCUGUG